CUUUGUACCAUUUCCAUUCCCAGCGACCAUUCCUUCAGAAAAUGUAUUCAGUCGCUCGAGAGCAUUGGGUCGAAACGGUACGCCUGAAUUACUGUAGUACCGCCGAGUUCGUUGAGCGCAGUAGGCUGUGAAACGGGUUUGAUUUUUUGUGUUUACGUAUAGUAACAGGAUUUCUAAUCAUAUCUCGUGGAUGCUGACAUAACUGGUGGUCAAACAACGUCACGGAUACUUCGUUCUCGCAACGCCGGCCAUAAAGCAGCAUCUUGUACGUGCGCACCGUUAAAGAUUUCAUAACUUUCAUCAGACCAACGUACCCUAAACGGUUGCCGUGAAUUAAAAUCCGCCGGAAGUCGCUCUCUCUUUCGCCGUAAUAUCCGGCUUGACAUUGUUACGGCAGGUUGUUUAAGAAAGUGGCGUGGUCGUGUUGGUUUUAGUCUUACUGAAAUGGCCCAAGACGCGGUAGACAGUGCCGUUUUCACUGCGACAAGUGGGAACACGAAACGAAUGAAGAAAGUCCCCUCCAUCGAAGCACUCAACAGCGAAAUGCCGUGUAAAAACGUACAGAAGGAUAGAGGGAGGAAAAUGUUCAAAUAUCUUCUGAACAGGUUGCGAUUGAAGAAAUACGCAAGCGCGACGAUUUCCCGGCCAGAUCCCACCUACAGGGUUGCUUAUUUAGGGAACGUCGUAACAGGUUGGGCGAAAGGUGAAGGAUGCGUUGAAAAACCACUAGCGACGCUGUGGCGCAAUUACACCCAAUCUUCUAGACCAGAUGUACGCAUGCAACUUACCGUUUCCGGCGGAGGACUCAAGGCCACGACUAAGGACCACGGCCUGACUGAAUAUUGGGCGAAUCGGUUAACUACCUGCGCAGCACCUGCCCAAUUUCCGAGAAUAUUUUGUUGGGUGUACAGACACGAAGGGCGUCGUUUAAGGCACGAACUUAGAUGCCAUGCUGUAUUGUGUCCAUCGGGAGAUGUCGCAUUGCAAAUCGAAAAGGAACUCAGGGAAUCUCUUGCGCUGGCAUUAGCGGAAUUUAAGAAAGACAAGAUAUCCAGGCAGAACGCCAGGCUAAGUCUGGUGAAUUCGGUUUACGAAAAUCCCACAAUUCCUAGGAGGAAAAUUUUACUGAGUACGGGAUCACAGAAUUAUAGACCUCCACUGGAAAGAUCAAAGUCGGCACCUAAACUCUCAAGCAUAGAAGAAAUUUACGAGGAAGAGGACGUAUUCCAAAGCUCGCAUCAAAUAUUCAAGAAUAUUUUGAAAUACUACGACAGAAGCACGAGUUUGUUAGAAAGAAGAAACACGUACGCUGUCAAAGAUACGGAAAACGAAGUCGCCUGCAAACCAGAACAAGUCUAUCACAAACAAACAAAAGUAAAAUUCAACGAAGACACCGAGAACAUCUUGACGCUGGAUGAAAAAAGCGAUUUGAUUUUGGAAGAACUGGUUCAGAGCUCGUUAAGAAACGAUCUGUUGGAAAGUUGUGAAAGAGCAUGGUACACCGCCUUAGGCGAAAAACCCGAUCUUAUACCAAUGGAACACGAUGGGGGAUCACUUUCGAGUGGGUGCGAAUCAUCUUCGACUACAACUUCCGAAUCUGAACCGGGAAUGUCGUGCCCUCAGAUGUAUGCAGAACAACCGGAUAAAAAGGCUGAAUUGGACUUUAAGGUGGGCGGUAGUGUGCUUCCUAGGGUGUGCAGUUUCGAGAAAGUACAUAGCGUAGACUUGCUAAAACACAGUGCAUACAACAGCAAAACUGUACUGGGCCACGAAGAAGUGUCGUUAGUUCCGGUGGGCGAAAGUUCAUCAGAUUUCAGCUCUCUUAAGGUAUACAAGAAAAGGAGCGUUUCGGAAGGAAAUAAGGACCUGUUUGUAUACAGUAUUGUGCAAAAUGAGGAGCACACCAAUAACGACGACGAAGAGUUUCGGAGUUCUUACAGUGAUGAAAGCGGAUACGAGGAGGAAAUAAAUAGCUCUAUCGGUAGUAUCGUUUUGGUGUAGUGAUCUAAACGGGCAAAAAGAGUGAUGACUGAAACUGAUGUCGUUGUUCUAAAGUAGCGCCAUAAAUCAAAUCGGCAGUUUUACUGUGUCACUUUUUAACAUUUGCUUUUGCAUAAGCUUUAUUCCAAUUUUUGUGCAUUUCUAGUCAUUUUGAUCAGUUAAUAUUGGAAAUGUUUAGGUUUAUUUGCAGCUAUUGAUGGUCUCGCAGGUUUUUAGCUAGUCUUAAAAUGAUCCGUGUGUUUUGUGAGCAUGAAUCAAAAUAAAUCUAAAAAAUAUAUUAUUUUCAAUUAAUGAUAAUCAAUUUGAUGUUUCUAUAACUACAAUGGGUAUACACAAAGAUUAUAGCAAAUAUACAGGGUGGUACUAUUUAUACAUCUUUUGGAUUCUUCCCGCGUCUGUUUUGAUAAAUCAAAUUUGCUGACGUUUCGCCAAUUAUCCUGUUAGGUCAGUUCAGCUCUGAAGAAUCCAACAGGAUGAUUGGCGAAAAGUCAGCAAGUUUGAUUUAUCAAAAACCGACGCAGGAGGAAUCCAGAAGAUGUGUAAGUAGUAUUACAGCAGCCUCUAGAAGUUUAUUUGAAAAAUUAUACAGAGCAGUAUUUUUAAAAUAAACAAGAAAAAGUUUAUAUAAAUAUAGACACAGCUUGUUAAAUUUUGAAAAAUGAAUAUUUAAACAGUAAAAAAAACAUCGUUUAAUUUCACGAAGAUUAAAUAUUGAUAAUUUUUGAUGUGGCAUCUAGUUUUUGAGGUAAUUUUCGAUUUUUCUUCGGUAUACACCACUAAGUGAAUUUUAUGAUUUUCUCUUUUAAUGUGUUUAUACAAAUUAUACGAAAAUUCGUCUAACAAUCUACAGGGUGUUAAAAAUUUUAAAUACAAAGAAAAUUUUUUGUUAAUUGGAAAAAACGUAUGUACAUGUAUAGAUAAUAUGUUAACAUUAUCCUUAGAUAGAUUUGCACUUAAAAUUGUGUUAAUCUGAAGAUAAUAUAAACAUAUUUAUAGAGCUUUCAGAUUUUAAUUAAAAAUACAGGGUGUAAUGGACGUUCAGGACAUCUCUUGGAUUUACGAUUUUACUUGUGCCCUGUAGAAAAGAUGACCAAUUAACACCCUGCUCAUAAAAAAGAGAAGUAACCAAGUAUAGUUUUUUGUUUUUAUAUUGAUUUUGAAAAGGUAGAGGAAGGCAUACUUUUAUUUUAAAAAAUGUAAUGGUUGCGUUACCAACAUACGCUAACAUUUAAAUUAAAAUAUUAUGGCUUAAUUAAAUAUUUUAGAGAAUUUAUAUGAACUAUUUGCGUUAAUUUUAAAAAUAAUUUCAAUUGCUAAAUUCCUGCUUUAUCAACACGGGCAAGUGAAAAGCACAUAAGCAUAUCAUUUACAUUUAUCAAAUUGCUGUAUUAUUUCAGACUUUUUUUUUCAUUCAUUAGGAGUUUUAAAGAGACUAAAACUAAAUUUAGUUAAAAUUUUCACAAAAUUGUGUUUAUGACAAGUCUCACCGUAAAAUAGUCUCUCAAUGGCAAACGAUUACUAAAAUAAUGAUGAGACAUUUUAAGGCAGAGCUUUAUGCUGUCGGAAAUGGUAAAUGAUAAAAUGGUUUUGUCGAAUAAAUCCAAAGUUGAAACCCUUUUUAUGCGACAUCAUUAUAUUUCUCAUUGCCUUGAUUCGUUUUAUAUUAACUGCAUUUUCCAACCAGAAUGCGAAGUUUAACUCAGUUAAUCAGUGACGUUAAUAGCUUUACUAAAAUUUAAAGAAAUUGAUGUUUUUUAAUGAUUAAAUAUUUAAAUAAAAUUUAUAUACAAUGAAAUAAAUUGUAUCAACAUUUGCCAACUAUAAUCGGGAAAUGUAUUACAUAACUUGUCUUUUUAAAAAAAUGAACGUACCUACACAAUCCCUAAUACAAAAUAUACGUUCAGGACUAUAAUGAACGUAUAUACUUAAACCAUCACUGUAAUUUUCAAUGUACAUAUUUAUAAAACAAAUUAUUGUAAAAUGGCGCUGUGAAUGUGAUAAUAAGUAACUUGUUAUAUUAGACAGUAGCAUUGAAUUGUUACCUAAGUGAAUAUAUUUUUGUGGCUAUAUUUAAAAAAAAAAUAAAAAUAUAUCGAAUGUGUCAUGUUAUUCAAAUCGAGCAUAUCUAACGAAACUUAUAAAAUACUUAAAUCAUUAAAUAAAAUAUUUUCACAAUUCGGUUGGUACCUGAAAAUUUAACUGCUUGGUGGAUAUUAAAAUGGCAUCCUCACUCAGUAUCAAGGUGUACUAAAACUUAAGUAUUGGUGAAAUAAACAGAAACUUAAAAAAAAAAAUUGAAAAGUCCCAGAACAAAUGCGGGAAUAGUUUUUGGCGCUCUUUUUAUUAUAUGCUGGCCAAAAAUAAGAAAAGAAAACUAGAAUUACUUAACCAAUCAUGAAAAAAAAAAUCCCAGAAUCAAUAGAAUUCUCUAAACAACCCAACAAUCA